GGCCAGCUGUCAGAUUGAGGAGCAGAGCUUCACAAACAGCAAAACACAGGUUAGUGCAACCUGCGAACAAAUGAACCGUGGGAAGAUGUACACAAAGAUGCCAGUCUCCAAAUAAAAGUAGUGCAGUGUUGAGAUUCUCCAACCAUCACCUGACUCAUGUCCAGUCUCCUCAUCACCAUGGAGACUGCCAACAGCUAUGUGCUGAUCCAUGGGAAGAACAUAUCCCACAAUACAAUGGGGUCUGCAGCAGUGCCCCACAUGUCCAUCGACAAACUCUUCCCUGCUCUUCUUGAGUGUUUUGGGAUCAUUUUGUGUGGAUACAUAGCUGGCAGGGCAGAUAUCAUCACAGAGAGUCAGGCAAAGGGUCUCGGCAACUUUGUGUCCAAGUUUGCACUUCCAGCUCUGCUCUUCAAGAACAUGGUGUUGUUGGAUUUUGGAAAUGUCAUCUGGGCAUUUCUGUGGAGUGUGCUUGUGGCUAAGGUGACAGUGUUUGUGCUGGUUUGUGUGCUCACUCUGAUGGUUGCCAGUCCAGAAAACAGAUACAGCAAGGCUGGUCUGUACGCCAUCUUUGCUACACAGAGUAAUGACUUUGCUUUGGGAUAUCCCAUAGUUGAUGCUUUGUACAGGAGCACAUAUCCAGAGUAUCUCCAGUACAUCUAUCUUGUUGCUCCAGUGUCACUGAUGCUGCUCAAUCCCAUUGGCUUUGCUCUUUGUGAAGUACAAAGGUGGAGACAGGCCACCCAUCCACAGCAUAGCACUUCUUCCAUCGUCGGUGUUGUAAUCCUACAGGUUUUGAAGAAUCCAAUAGUGUUCAUGGUGAUUGUAGGAAUCAUCUCCCACUUUGCUCUGGGGCAGCAGAUCCCUGCCGUUCUCUCGGAGUUCAUUGAUGGUCUGGCAAACUCUUUUGGUGGUGCGGCCUUGUUUUACCUUGGCCUCACUAUGGUUGGUCAGCUCAGAAAACUAACCAGAGACACAGGAGUUGCCUUGAUUCUCCUCAUCACAGCAAAACUUCUGGUGAUGCCUUUGGUUUGUAAAGACAUGGUUGAUAUUCUGGAUGUAGGAGUGAACAGCACUAGCUCUAACCACACCAGUCUGUCCAACUUUGCCUUCUUAUAUGGAGUCUUCCCAACUGCACCUAGUGUGGCUAUCUAUGCAGGACACUACAACAUGGAACUAGAGGUGGUAACAUCUGGGAUGGUAAUCAGUACGUUUCUAUCUGCGCCGAUUAUGUAUGUGUCGGCCUGGUUACUGACCAUCCCUCUGAUGGACCCGACCCCCCUGGUGACAGAACUGGAAAAUGUCAGUUUCAACAUCAGCAUCGUCAGCCUUGUGGCACUGGUUUGGACAAUUGCGGUGAUGCUGCUCAGUAGGAAAUUUAACAGACUUCCUCAUCUGUUUGCCUUAAAUCUCUUCUUGGCUCAGUUCCUGGUGUGUGUCAGUAUGAUUCUCUGGAACUUUUUAGUCAAACAAGAGGAUAAUCUAGUUGGCAAAAUGAUCACUUUCACUCUGCUUUACGGCUCUCUGUACAGCACCUACAUAUGGACAGGUUUAAUUCCUCUCUGCUUGGCUCUGACAAACAGAGAUGAUCUACUGAGACUCCGACCUGGUGUCUUCAUGAUUUUGGGUUGGGGUGUUCCUUUCCUGAUGGUUGGAAGUCUUCUGGUCACAGGAGAGAGGACAGACACCAUAGAUUCUGCUUUUUUCUACGGCAAAGCUCAGAUUAUCAGCACAGCAGUGGUUCUGGCGGUCAGCCUCGUGCUCGGUGCGAUAUCUCUAAUGGGUCUCAGUCAGGGAGACCGGGAGCAGAGGGGCUACCAGGCCCUGAGCCGAGCUGGUGUACUGGGCAUCAACGACGAGCUGAGCAACCCAGGUGGUGGUGGUGUGGAUGAGCAACAACAACAGCAACAACAGCAGCUACAGACGAAUAAUUCCUCAUCCUGCAGUCUCAAUUCAGAAGUCCACAGUGUCUCUCCUCUCCAGUCCAUACCUGACAUGAUUGCCAGCACGCAGAGGGAACACACAAACAGCACAGGUAAAACACACACGUUGUGUGACGGACAGCAGCAGAUGUCUUCGUCGUCAGAGCAGCCGCUGAACCUUCCACCACCUGGGCUUCAACCUGUAGAUGAUAAACAGACAGUCAGACAUGUUCUGCUCUGUCUUCUGCUCAUAGUCAGUCUGUUGGCGAAUCUGUCCAGCUGUCUGUGGUGGUUAUUUAACAAAGAUCCAGGAAGGCUUUAUCUUGAACUGCAGUUCUUCUGUGCUGUGGCCAACUAUGGGCAGGGUUUUCUGUCCUUUGGGAUUUUUGGUCUGGACAGACAUCUCAUCAUUCUUCCCUUCAAGAAGAGGCUGCUGGCCCUGUGGCAGGACAGAGAUGUUGAAGAUGUGAGCCCCUCAGGUGUACCAGAGGAGGUCAGACUCACCUGUACCCAGUUUGUCCGUUACCACAAAGACCAGUGUGUACAGGACAUAGUGCACACACGCAGGUUUGGAGGAGGACUGGAGGAGGUGCCUGAGGAAGUGAGGCAUUCCCCCUCACCUCAGUCACAGCAACUUCCCCCACACCAGGAUCCCCAAAGACAAUGCAGGGUCCAAACUGACCAUCUAAUCGAGCGGCUGAACUACGAGCCAUGGGAAACUCAUCACUCCUGCAAUCCACCUGAAUCCAGUGGCCAGCGUUCGAUUGCAUUCCAACAUGGGCUGCAGCCUGAGAGCGAGAGUCGAGUACCUGACCCUGAUGAUUGCCAUCUACACCAGCAUGCCCCUAGUCCAGUUGUAACCUCACCCGAUCUCCACCGUCACCCCCAAACCCAUCUCAAAAAUGUGUUCCGAGGCAGUGACCUGGUGGACUGGCUACUCGAACGUGGUCUGUGCGCUGGCCGAGGAGAGGCCCAGAUCUACGGCGGUCGUCUUCAGCGGGGAGGGGUGUUAGAUCACCUGACAGCGCAGCACCGCUUCAGGGACGAAGCCACCCUGCUGUACUACUUCACACAGAGGAGGGGGAGGUGGACGAAGACGAACAACAGUCCUACAGCAUGUGAGAGGAUGUGAGGAAGGAGGAGAGACGAAGAGGAACGAAUAAAGUGGGUUUGAGAGAAAACACUCAGCAGCAGCAGAGGCUGUGCAGUUUGUUCUGAUGUAGAUACAGAUUCUGACUCAGAAUGUGUUGAUAUUUGUUGCCAUGCUUCCAUCAACAUAUUUUUAUGUACAUUUUCAACUAGAGAAAGACUAUCAGUAUCUGCAAAAUUGGCUGCAACGUCACAUUUUGUGCUUUUGAACUGGAAUUAUUGAUUUUGAGUGAAUAAGAACUCAAAAAGUUUUA